AUGUCUUUGAAUCAAACGCAAAUCAAGCAGGACAUCACCCUCCCACCUGGCCUGAGCAAAACAAUUUCAAAGCAAAGCCAAGAGCCUGUGCCCUGCGCUGAGCCGGUCCCAUGUCCACAGCAGCAAUCUGAAGUCCAAGUCCCAACACCUUGCCCAGAACCAGUCCCAGUAGUAGUGGUACCAUGCCCAGAAAAAUCAGUGCCAUUGCCAACACCGGUGGUGGAUCCAGGCAAGGAAGAAACACCAGUGGUCGUAAUACCCAAGUGUCCGCCCCAGGAGCAGCAGCAGCAGCAGCAAUGCAAGCUACCACCAACUUUUCCACCUGUACCGUACCCUAAGCCUGUUCCAACCCCUGAUGAGGAAUCAGCGUGCAAAGAGCUGCCUGUGCCAGCCCCUGUUUCCUGCUCUGAACCGACUCCAUGUGCGCUGGAGAAGCAGGAGUGCAAGGAGAUCCCUGUGCCAGUUCCUCCUGUUCCAACCCCUGAUGAGGAAUCAGCGUGCAAAGAGCUGCCUGUGCCAGCCCCUGUUUCCUGCUCUGAACCGACUCCAUGUGCGCUGGAGAAGCAGGAGUGCAAGGAGAUCCCUGUGCCCACCCCAUGCCCUCCAGAGAAGCAGGAGUGCAAGGAGACCCCUGUGCCAAUCCCUGUUCCGUGCCCUGAACCCACACCAUGUGCCCAAGAAAAGCAGCAGUGCACGGAGACCCCUGUGCCAAUCCCUGUCCCAUCCCCCGAACCUGCACCGUGUCCCCAACAGAAGCAGGAGUGCAAGGAGAUCCCCGUGCCGAUCCCUGCCCCCUGCCCUGAGCCGGGGAAGUGCUCCCUUCCAGAGAAGUGUCCUCCCAUCGAGCAGCAGCAGGUGAAGCAGCCCAACCAGUGGCCCCCCAUGCAGAAGUAA